AUGGUGAUUUUCCCAAUAGCUCGUUAUGAGUGGACUCACCUAAGGAUCCAGGAUUUCAAGUCAGUGGCUGAGUACAAUUCUGUGAUGUUCAGAAUUAGCUCUCAAAUGAAACUCUAUGGGAAAACCAUCACUGAGAAAGAUAUGCUGGAAAAGACCUUCAGCACUUUUCAUGCCUUAAAUGUGCUCCUACAACAAUCCUAUAGAGAACGAGAUUUCACUGAAUACAACCAGCUAAUAUAUGUGCUCUUGGUAGCUGAACACAACAAUGAGCUCCUGAUGAAAAAUCAUCAGUCUCAACCUACUGGAUAUGCACCAUUCCCAAAAGUGAAUGUUGAUUCCCUCGAAGUAAACGCCACUUCCUCUGGUGGAAGUUCAGCCAUGGACCUUUACUGCUCUUUUGGGAGCCUUUGUCGACCUGGGUUUGGCUUAUAUCCUGCUAUGCGUUUGUUGCUUAUUGACGGGCCUGUUGGGACAAUCGGUGCUGUCCAUAAGUUGGUGAAUAGCAAGUUCCCGUUUGAUGUUCUUUGGUCUAGGGAUCAAAGGUGCAACUUGAAUAGGAAACUGAUCAGAGAUGUAAAUUGUGAGAAUAGAGUUCGUGAGUUGCAAGGUGAAGCAGCUUCUAGUCCAUUUUCGAGUCCCAGAUUGCAAAACCUGGUUGAUAGGGAAAGUGGGUACGACACUAAGGGGAAGAGGGUUAUGGUUCUGAAGAAAAGGACUGGAAUUCGGCGCUCUAGGAGGGCGGCUCCUGAAUAUGAAAGGCUUCCUUCUUACUAUCCAAGUGAUAGUUCAAAGUUGUUUGCUCACAUAUUCCCUUUUCCUUGCGAUGACAUAGAUACAAGAGAGAUGUCAGGUGAAAGCUCAAUUGCCAUAGCUGGUAGAGAAGAUUAUGUGAAAGCACCAACUGGAAAUGAUAUGGCUGAGAGUAUCUGCCAAAGUUCUGAAUUGAGUGGAUCAUUUGGUGAGAGUAAGGACGUGGACAUUAGUUAUACGCAAGAAAAGGCUCCCGUUGUUGGAAAUGAAACUGAUAAACUCAGGGUGUUGCAAGAAGCACUGGAAAAAGAGAAAGCUGCUUGUGCUGCUCUUUAUCUAGAGCUAGAGAAAGAGCGAGCUGCUGCUGCAAGUGCUGCUGACGAAGCGAUGUCCAUGAUAGCACGUCUGCAAAAGGAUAAAGCAUCAAUAGAAAUGGAAGUGAGGCAGUAUCAGAGGAUGAUGGAAGAAAAAUUUGUUUAUGAUGAAGAGGAGAUGGGUGUUCUGAAAGAGAUUCUUCUUAGGAGGGAGAUGGAGAACCAUUUUUUGGAGAAGGAAGUUGAAUCGUAUAGGCAAAUGAGCUUCUUAGGAAAUGAACGGUCUGAUGCUGAUUUGAGUGCUAUGUUGUGUGAAUCGGGAAAAAGGCCUUCACCUUCUGUUGAGUCAAAUACAGAUGCACUGCUGCAGCAGACUGCUGAUAGUAAAUCUAACUGUACGGAAUUCGGAAAUAUUGCAAAUAGUACUUCUCAAUAUGAGGCUUCAUUUGUUGAAAAACAAAUUCAUCCUAAUGAACAUGAUUCACUUGAGAAAUGUGUACUUUCAGAAGGGGAAGAAAAAGUACACACGGAAGAUGUAAUGUGCCAAGAAAUAACUCCUGAAGCAGCCCAAGCUCAUAUUGGUACUGAGGAAAACUUACAUUGUGAUGGAGUGCAACAGCAUGAUGGGGAUCUUCAGAGAAAUUUGCAUGGUUCAAUGCUUGAUAUUGAGCCAGCUUUUUAUGAUGUUCAUGUCGUUGAUGGUAAAACUGAACUUUGGAAAGAAGAAAGUAGAUCAUCAUUUUAUACUACAUUGGAUGGAUCCCAAGAUUUUGCUUCUACAUUUGGAGCUACCGGGGUCAGGAGCAGUGAGUUAUUACAAGGUUUUCCAAGUACAAGCCAGGUGGAUACUGAACCUAAAUUCAUUGCAAGUUCUUUGGAUAUGCAUUGUGGGUUACCGAUGAUGGAUAACUCCUGAUGCAAAACCUUGGUGAUAGACUCAAUGAAGAACUCGUUGUCCACAGUAAAUAAUGAAAGGUUGAAGAUUGACACUGAGGAUGAUUUGCUAAUGGAAAAGCUACAGAUUCUAGAAGAGAGAAAAGAGAAGCUGACUUCCUCUUCUCAACAUGGGGAGAGGCAAGAAAACCCAUCAUGUUUGGAGGAGAUUGGGAACCCGCUUUGCAAGAUUCAGCAGAUAAGAGAUCCUGCGCGCUGGGCUUCUUUACAUCCUUUGUCUUCUAAGGUGAGUUUGAAUAACAAACGCUGCCAAAGUACGCCCUCGGAGGCACUGGAAUGUACAAGUUCCUAAAGCAUGUACGAUUGUACAGUAAUUCCCGGACUAGUGAUUUAUCGGAAUCUUGUUGCUUCAAGUCCUUUAAAUCUGAUUUAUGGUUGGAAGGAAUCUGUAAACCAAUUGUAUAUUCCCACUACAAAAGCUCUGUAGUUAGACUGUAGCUGCCAGUUGCCUACUCUUGAUAACUUUUGUGCUGUGUGUAAAAGGGGGUUCACAAGUCACAACCAUGUUCCUCAGCUGAUCUGUCCCACCUUGUUUUCCUUUUGUAAAUGAUAUAAAAAGGAAAAUGCCCCCCAAAUCAUAGCCACCAUAACUUAUGGCCUUGAGGGUUGCAGAUGGAUGCAAUGAUUGUCCUUCUAGCUUCUCAUGUUCUUCUCACUUUUCUCAUUACAUUUUCAUCAUCUUAAUAAGAAAGAUUUCGCUACAGUUUCUAGCUAA